AAAAAAACCCACUUUUUUUUUUUUUUUUACAUUAUGGAUAUUAAGAAUUUACUUUGUAACACCAACCCUACAUAUCUCGAGUAUUCAAAGCAUGCAUUUGAAUACUGUCCUCCUUCCUCUCCAUCUGGUUGGUCCAGUGCCUCUUCCAUUACAUCCGAAUCCAACACAACCGCUGGAUCACUCUCACCCAUCAUUUCACCCAUCCGAACCACCAAACAACAUCAGACACGUACACCUUGGACCUCUUCCGAAGAUUAUCUGUUAGAGAAGGGCUACUUACAAGGAUUAUCAUGGGCCAUGAUCUCGUCAAAAUACUUACCCCAUCGUUCUCGUGGUUGCUGUUGGGGAAGAUUUAAAACACUUUCAACAAAGUCAACUGAAAAGAAGAGUUGGUCUGAAUCUGAAGAUCGUGUCUUGGUUGGUGCCAUCAGGAAGCAUACAAGAUUAUUCAAGCAAGCUUGGAGAUCUGUCGCUCUUGAUUUAAAUGAUAGAGACUGGAGAGAAUGCGAGUCAAGAUCUGCACGUAUCUCUGCUUUACUAUCAACUCAGCAAAAGAGACACGCAUUAUCUUCUUGAAUAACCUCUCUUUAACUCUCUCUUUUAUGGUCCCUCUAUCCUUCUUUUUUUUUUUAUUAUUUUUCAUCUUUACUAUUGCAUCUCACAUCAUAUACACUUUAUGUAAC